AUGGAUCCUUCCAGUUCACCCAAGUCUUGUUUCUCCGUCGGCUCCACCGGUCCCGGGGCUGUCGUGCUCCUCUACGCGAAAGAGCUCAAAAAGUGGGAUGAGUUUGAAGAUAUUUUAGAGGAGAGGAGGCAUGUCAGUGACUUGAAGUUUGCAAUGAAAUGCUACACACCUCCUGUCUAUAAGGGAAUUACUCCUUGUAAGCCAAGUGAUAUUAAAUGUAGUGUUCUCAAUUCUGAAGAGAUUCAUUAUGUCAUUAAACAGCUUUCCAAGGAAUCCCUUCAACCUGUCGAGGUCCUCCAAGAGGAAGCCUGUGAGAUCCUGGAUGAAAUGAGCCACAAACUGCGACUAGGAGCCAUUCGGUUUUUGGCCUUUGCCCUGAGUAAAAUAUUUAAACAGAUUUUCUCAAAAGUGCGUGUAAAUGAAGAAGGGAUUCAGAAACUACAGCGAGCCAUCCAGGAGCAUCCAGUUGUUCUGCUGCCCAGUCAUCGGAGCUACAUCGACUUUCUGAUAUUGUCUUUCCUUUUGUACAACUAUGAUUUACCUGUGCCGGUCAUAGCAGCAGGAAUGGACUUCCUGGGAAUGAAGAUGAUUGGUGAGCUGCUGCGGAUGUCAGGGGCUUUCUUCAUGCGGCGUACCUUUGGCGGCAAUAAACUCUACUGGGCCGUGUUCUCCGAAUAUGUGAAAACCAUGUUACGGAAUGGUUAUGCUCCUGUUGAAUUUUUCCUCGAAGGGACAAGAAGCCGCUCUGCCAAGACAUUGACUCCAAAAUUUGGUCUUCUGAAUAUUGUGAUGGAACCAUUUUUUAAAAGAGAAGUUUUUGAUACCUACCUUGUUCCAAUCAGCAUCAGUUACGAUAGGAUAUUGGAAGAAACUCUGUAUGCAUAUGAGCUUCUAGGGGUUCCUAAGCCGAAAGAAUCUACAACUGGAUUGUUGAAAGCCAGGAGAAUCCUCUCUGAGAAGUUUGGAAACAUUCAUGUGUACUUUGGAGACCCUGUGUCACUUCGAUCUCUGGCCGCUGGGAGGAUGGGUCGGAGCCCGUAUAACUUGGUUCCCAGAUAUAUUCCUCAGAAACAGUCAGAGGAGAUGCACACCUUUGUCACUGAAGUUGCCUAUAAAAUGCAGCUUCUCCAAAUUCAAAACCUGGUCCUAAACCCAUGGCCACUAAUAGUUGCUGUCCUGCUUCAGAACUGGCCAUCCAUGGACUUUGAUGCCCUGUUGGAAAAAACCUUAUGGCUGAAAGGCUUAACCCAGGCCUUCGGGGGAUUUCUUACUUGGCCUGAUAACGAACCUGCUGAAGAAGUUAUCCAGUCCAGCAUUCUUCUGCAUUCCAACAUCGCCAGCCUUGUCAAAGAUCGGGUGAUUCUGAAAAUGGAGUGCAGAGACUCGGAACUGGUGGAUGGGCUCAUAUUCCAGCAUAUCACCCUCCUCAUGUGCUUGGCAUACAGGAACCAGCUGCUCAACGUUUUUGUCCGUCCUUCCUUAGUCGCUGUGGCACUGCAGAUGACACCUGGGCUCAGGAAAGAGGAUGUCUACAGUUGCUUUCGUUUCCUAUGCAGUGUUUUUUCAGAUGAGUUCAUCUUUCUUCCAGGAAAUGCACUAAAGGACUUUGAAGAAGGCUGUUACUUGCUUUGUAAGAGUGAGGCCAUACAAGUGAUGACAAGGGACAUCGUAGUUACAGAAAAAGGAAAUACUGUGUUAGAGUUUUUAAUAGGGCUCUUUAAACCUUUUGUGGAAUCUUAUCAGAUAAUUUGCAAAUACCUCUUGAAUGAAGAAGAAGACUACUUCACUGAGAAACAGUACUUCAUAAGAGUUAGAAAAUUCACGAGUCAGCUUCUUGAUCAAGGGGCCUCACAGUGUUACGAUGUGUUAUCCUCCAAUGUACAGAAGAAUGCCUUAGCAGCCUUUGUGAGGCUUGGUGUGUUGAAGAAGAAGAAGGUAAAUAAUGAUUAUAUAUUUAGCGUGAAUGAACCUGCCACAACAAAGUUAGAAGAAAUGCUUGGCUGUAAAACACCGGUAGGAAAACCAGCAACUGCGAAGCUUUAA